AUGUCUUCAAUAUUAACAUGGUUAAGGACAACAAUUCGGAGGCUACCAUAUCCCCUAUACGAUUUCCUAUCGCUCGGGGGUGCUUGGAGAGGAAUAAUUCGAGGAUUUCAGAUCCCAGAAGUACUAUACUGUGAUAUCUUUGAUUCAAAAUAUCAAGUGGUUAGGAAACUAGGCUUCGACGUCAUUCAGCUUUGCAUCCACAUCUCCGCCAUAGUCCUAUAUAUUAACACAUGCCCUAGAGGGCAUAGACAUGUUGCCUUGAAGAUACAUAAACGCGAGGGAGUUGAUCAAGAUGAGAUUGAAGCAUACGAGCAACCGAGCAAGGGAAAUCAGCAGCUCUCGCCUCCUUUACUAUUGACCAUCCCCGAGGCAGCACUAUUGUCUGCUUUCGUGACCUUUUAUAUAGAAAUCCAACCCAGCGAUUUACAGAAGAUCUUCCUAAAGCAGAGCUCGUCCAAGCUUGUUAACUGUGCUCCAAUGUACGCAUCUAGGCGGUUUGGCUUAACAAGGAAAAUUGGAAAUGCGGCUUUGAGCGAUUUUGGCUCAGCACCUGGUGUCUAUAGGUCGCCGGAAGCGAUGCUGAACAUUGAGUGGAGCUACCCUAUUGAUAUAUGGAAUGUAGCGGAUAUGUCGUUUGAUAUAGGUCAAUGGAAAGCUGAUAUUAAGAUGUAUCUUCAGGGGAGAAACAAGAAGGAAUUUUUGAGCUUUAUGAGAGAUAUGCUACAAUGA